CGAGGCGAAGAGCUAAAGUCGUGGUGUCAUUCAGCUUGAUGACCUCCGCUUCCUCGGUGGCCAAUCUGUUUGGUGAAAGCGCUGUCUUUGCGGAAGCCCGUUGCCAUUCAUUCGCAUUGCCGAAGGAAGCCCAUAAUUACCGGCACCAAAAUGCUCGAUUCGGUAAAAGCGUUCAACCAUCCCCCGCAAGACGUGGGACAUAGCCUAUGUUCACUAGUCAGGCGAGCUGGACGGUGUGAGUUAUGCUCACAAAUUCAACUGGCAUUUGAAAAUCUCGUAACGUAGUCGACAUCAUGUCAGUGCCAGCACGGAAUCUGUUUCGAGGAAUGUAUGCCUCCUCGAACCACAGGAUAUUACUACCAUGUCGACAGUCGUCUGGACGACGUUUUGGUAUACCUCCAAUUCGUUAUCAGAGACGAGGUUAUUUGACCUCUCGUGACCAGCGACGCAAUGCCACGACAUCGUCGUUGCCAUCGAUCGGCGGAAUGCCCAUUGUGGAUCACCACUAUGAUGCGCUCGUCGUCGGUGCUGGUGGCGCUGGCCUCCGUGCCGCUGUCGGGUUGACCGAAGCUGGAUUCAACACCGCAUGCAUUAGCAAGCUGUUUCCAACUAGGUCGCACACAGUGGCAGCGCAAGGUGGAAUUAAUGCUGCUCUUGGGAAUAUGCACCACGACGAUUGGAGGUGGCAUCACUAUGAUACAGUGAAAGGAUCAGAUUGGCUCGGCGAUCAGGACGCCAUUAUGUACAUGACACGAGAGGCCAUUGCUGCUGUCGCUGAGCUCGAGAACUGGGGCAUGCCAUUUUCACGUACCUCCGAGGGAAAGAUUUAUCAGCGACCCAUUGGUGGACAGAGUCAGAAUUAUGGAAAGGGUGGCCAAGGUCAUAGAACUGCCUGCGCAUCAGACAGAACGGGACAUGCAUUGCUACACACUUUGUAUGGGCAGAGUCUUAAACACGACUGUAAAUUCUUUAUUGAGUGGUUUGCACUGGAUCUUAUGAUGCAGGACGGCAAGUGUGUUGGCGUGACUGCCAUGAAUAUGGAAGACGGCACCCUGCAUCGGCUCUUUGCUCGCAAUACGAUCUUGGCCACAGGUGGAUAUGGUAGGGCAUAUUUCUCCGCCACAAGCGCGCAUACAAGCACCGGUGACGGUAACGCUAUGGCAGCAAGAGCAGGGCUUCCUCUACAAGAUAUGGAGUUUGUGCAGUUCCACCCCUCAGGAAUUUAUGGUGCAGGUGUCCUGAUCACGGAGGGGGCACGAGGAGAAGGGGGCUACCUCCUAAACAGCGAAGGAGAGCGGUUUAUGGAGCGGUACGCCCCUACUGCCAAAGAUCUCGCAAGCCGAGACGUGGUUGCAAGAAGUAUGACUAUGGAAAUAAGAGAGGGCAGAGGUGUGGGACCUGACAAAGACCACGUGUAUCUUCAACUGUCUCAUCUGCCAAAGGAAAUUAUCAUGGACCGGCUGCCUGGCAUUGCAGAAACAGCAAGCAUCUUUGCGGGAAUCGACAUCACGAAGCAGCCGAUUCCAGUAUUGCCUACGGUUCAUUAUUGUAUGGGCGGCAUACCAACGGACUACAAAGGUCACGUUCUUCAAGUUCAUCCAUCUACGGGUUCAGAAAAACCUGUACCUGGACUCUACGCUGCUGGAGAGGCCGCUUGCGUAAGUGUACAUGGUGCUAAUCGCUUGGGAGCCAAUUCAUUACUGGAUAUUGUGGUCUUCGGACGCGCAGCAGCUAUCGAUAUUGCCGAACAUAACGAAGCAGGACAACCGCUUCUCACGCCAGUGACCGAUGACAUUGGCUUUUCAUCAUUCCAAGAUUUGGAUCGAAUCCGAUUGUCUAAUGGGUCCAAAUCGGCCGCUGAGAUCCGUGGGAAUAUGCAGAGGAUCAUGCAAAACGACGUUGCUGUGUUCCGCACACAUGAAUCUCUUGAUCUCGGGCGACAGCGUCUGGCCGCUGUGGAACAGGACUUUAGACACAAGUUGAAGGUGACGGACAAGAGCAUGAUCUGGAAUUCAGAUUUGAUCGAAACGCUUGAGACACGAAACCUUUUGACGAAUGCAGCGCAAACCGUCAAGUCCGCGGUUGAGAGAAAGGAGAGCCGAGGUAGCCAUGCUAGAGAAGACUUUCCGGACCGCCUCGAUGAGGAAUGGUGUAAACACAGUUUGACAUGGCAGACACAAGAAGGCGAAGAGGUCAAGGUUGGAUACAGGGCCGUUAUCUUCAACACUUUGGACGAAGAGGAUUGCCCGAGUGUCAAGUUGGCCAAACGCUCCUACUAACACACGUGGAAUAGAGAUCGAUGGUUAAAUUCGAAUUGUACAUAUCAAAUAUAUGCGAAUCAUGUACAGAGUUUUGUCAAGCAUUCCCCAACCUCUGAACUACUAGCCCACUAACGAUGUUCGACAUUCAGUACACUUGCCUGAGCAAUCAUCUCUUUCUGAC